AUGAAGCAGAGCACCUUCUUGAUACAGCACAACGGACCCCGUAAAAAUUUAUAUAAUACGAUGAGAAGUAUUAUCAAUACGCCACCUAUUAUAUACCAGCAACCAUUUUUGCACUUUCCGCUGCCAUUAGUACAUAAUGGGCACCAUUGCGGUAGCAUAAAGUCCAAGGAACUGCCCAUUUCAAUUACAACUGCGCAGAUGUGA